AUGACUGAAGGAUAUGGAGUAUACCAUGGAGAAUAUCACACAUUCUUUGAGCCCCUGACAGUCACGCUACGCAUUACGUUUGCCAUUGGCAGCAGUGCCCCUUAUGACCUCCCCUGUCCCUCUCUUUGCCAGUUGCUGCCGGGACGUCUUUCACUAUUUAACCUUGUAGAAAGGGACUUCAACAUGAGACUCUACAUUCUAUUACCCAUCCUUGCAGUCAUUAAACUCUGCAGUGCCGGUUGGCCGUGUUGUUUGAGGGGAAGCGAGGAAGAGAAUGAUGACGCGGAUGGACUCAACCGAAGGAAUGACAAUGAAGCAAGUGGAUCAAGGGCUCAUGAAAGGGCUUAUUCUCAGUCUGAGGAGCCCCUAAUUCCAUCUGACAUGCAUGCACUUGACCUCGCAAACCCCAGUCCUCAGCAGGUUUAUAAAAGUGAAGAGAUACACGAUAAUAUACUUUGGCACGUCUUAACUCCAAAGGCUAAUGUCAAGAUUACCCACUUGGUCGACGAUGGUAUCAUUUUUGCGGAAGUUGAGGGGACUUUUAAACACGCCAAAAUCACACCAGGGCAUCGGAACAGACUCUUAUUUAUUCGCAGUAAAGUAGGUGGAGGAUGGAAAAUUAGCUGUUUUGAAAAGAGGAAUGGGAGGUGGAAGAGGAUCGGAGGAGCUGAGCUCCGCAGGAGGAGUAGAAGGUACAGCAGUUAUUACGAUGAUAGAGAGUCUGGAAGUGGCGGUUGGAAGUUUUGGAAGAGACUUCGAAACCAAGAUCCCGCGUAA